UAAGUGUGUGUGUGUGUGUGUGUGUGUUAGUGUGUGUGUUUUGCAAGACAUCUAUGCAGCCGUUACUGAGCGGGAAUGACACAGUGCUUCACCAGAUUGUGCCGGCGACGAGAGGGAAGUGGUGGACGCGAACAGACGACGCGGACACCUUAAUCGGCCGGUGAGGACAUAAGGGGCGCGCAAGGGGGCUGAAGGACAGCGCCGGUUACUCGAACAGAAGCCAGCAGGGGAGGGUGGCGAACAGAGCGGCAGGGCCACGCGCGCGCGCGGCAGUGUGACCGUCCUCUCACGUCCGACGAGGGUAGCUGGCCGAGCCACGGCGCCGAAGCCGACACGCCCUACGACGUCGCCUUUGGGGAGAGCCGCUUCGUCGCCGACGACAGCCGCAUCCCGCCGCCCUCCGUCGCGUACGCGGACACGGUCACCGACGGCGACCUGAUCCACGCCCUGCAGCUCCUCGCGCCCGCCGCCGACAUGCCCGUCGUGGAGAAGAUCGGCCGCCGGCAGGCCAUCCCCAUACUAUACACCCGGGGCACGCACUACGAAGUGGGCUUCGACGUGGGCCGGACGUUCAGCGGCAUCAUUCAGAGCUUCCUGGCGAAGGCGACCUCCCUCAAUGAAGAGUACCUGCCGGCGUACGAGACGGACACGGGCCGGCGCGCCUACGAGGAUACCCUGGCCGCCGUCAAGAAAAACUACCCCCAGUACGUCCAGGAGCUGCAGGGCACCGCAGACGGCGCCAAGGUCCCUUUCCACAAGCUGUUCCUUCUGCACAUGGACGAGAUCACCCCGAACGUAGUUGGGCGACCAGCCAACCAGGGCACUAACGGCUGUUCCACCAUCUGCAUCAACCACCCCGGGCAGGAGUAUAUCGGCCACACCGAGGACGCGCUGGCCGAGACGCUGAACCACGUCUACCUGGUGUCGGCGCACAUCACCUCGCCCGAGCCGCAGGGCCGGUGGAAGGUGUCGGAGGAGAAGUUCACGGCGCUGUGCUACGCCGGAUGCCUGCCCGGCUUCUGCAUGGGCUACAACCACCACGGCAUGGUCUUCACCGUCAACAUCAUCAAGGCCGCCAGGCUAAACGCGGGGAAGACGCCGCGCCACUUCCUGACGCGAGCCCUGCUCAACUGCGACAACUUCGAGGCCGCGCAGCACGUGCUCCGCGACGAGGGGUGCGGCGCGGGCGACGGCGUGUCCAUCAACAUGACCUUCCUGAACCAGGAGGGCGACCGCCUGUUCCACAACGCCGAGGUGGGCCCGUCCUGCGACGCCGACUGCCGCAGCCCGCUCAACAUCCUCACCUGUUCGCCCGGCGAGCACAUCUUCCACUGCAACAAGUACCUCCGGCUCAAGAUCCCGGAGGUGGGCGGCAUGAUCGUGUCGAGCAGCGACGCCAGGCACGCCACCAUGGAGGCGCAGCCGGACCCCUUCACCCUGCAGGACGUGAUCAGGGUCAUGGGCGACCAGUCUCACCCCGAACACAACAUCUUCCGGGAGGCCGGCGACGACGACUUCGUCAAGACCGUCGCCGUGGGCAUUUUCGACUGCGUGAACCGGACGUGGAGCCUGUACACCGACAACCCAAAGACACAUGACCCAGUAGUGGUGCUUCCCCUGCAGAUCAGGAAGCCCUCCAAGUGAGAGCCGUGACGUGUGAGCCAGGGGUGCGGGACGGGGAGGGGGUCGAGGGCAGUGGUGCCGCGGCGCCUGGGCAGCAUGGGGACGCCCGCUGACCUUGCCCCUCCCCUCCCCACCCCCAGCCCCUCACAGAAACCCACAGCCCCCAGGAACGUCGUCCGUCCUCCUGAACCAAAUCUACACUAUGAACGGUGAAAUCGCGUGUAAUAGACCAGAGAAAUAGGCAGCGAAAGAACAUGGAAGUGUGUGGUGCAGACUAGACUGAUGUUAGCUCGGCUCUAUUUGGGGCACCUUUAAUAGUGCCUGAGGCGAGGCACUUUGAUUCGAAGGGACAGCACUGGGUAACAACAAGGUCACAUUGAUCUCUAUCCUAUGGGGCAGGUGAGGUAUCCCUUCUGGUCAGGAUGAGUGAGUUGAAGUUUAUGAAGUUAUUUAAGUUACCCUGAACUAAUUAUAUAUUUGGAGAGGGACAGUGACACAUUAUUAUAUGUUCUAUGACCCUAAAUAGUUUUGUCUUUAAAGGUAAAAUUUGAGUUUGAAUGUUUAUUUAUAUGAAUCUAGAGAUUUAUGAAUCUUGUUACUUUCUCAUUUUGAAGUGAGUAUUUGUGUAAUUCAAUAAAUUAAAAUUGAAAGAUCUGUUUAACUUUUUCUGGUAUAAAUGCCAACAAUAAUAAAAAUAAAUAAAUGAUGAAAUCACGUCAAUACAGAAAAA